CCUUUUAAUAAAUCCAAACUUGGCCUCAAAUAAGACAGAAAAAUCCCGUUACAACCACCAGUUCCUCUUCCCAUGUUGGCAAUCCCAUUAUCAUUCAUUCCCUCCUUAAAACUACUAACCACCUCAUUUAUUCAAUCCAAUUCAUUCCCCCCAAACACACACCAUACAAUGGAUAUUUGGUCAUGGAUAUCUGAACUCCCUAACUCGUCCGAGUGGAACGACUCUGACUCACCUCCCAAUUUCCAACUCGCCACUUACCAAGACGAUUCAAAUUCAACUCGCUCUAUUUACCUCAAAGCCGAACGAACUUCCGGUUCAAACUCUGAAGCCGUUGUAACGUUUAUGGUCUGUUUACAAGGCUUUCAUCCAUUCAACGCUCAAAAGCCACUUUGGAUCUCAGAAAAAUGCACAAUCUCUUCACAAAACCCUAAUUAUCUCCCUCUCCUUCUUCAACUCCUUCAAGAAAUCAUAUCCAAUUCACCCACGGCGCACGACAGCACUUGCCCAAGGUCUCAGCUUCAAAAACUGAAACCUGAACCCAUCGCAUGGAUCAUAGACUCGCACACACCGGAAUCCCUCUCGAUUUUCUUCAACCUCGUUUUCACAAUUCGUCUCUUCUGGCUAUGCGCGUGCGACGCGCCAAGCGAAGCAGGUUCGCUCUACUUUCACUCGCUACUCGCUCCUAUUCUCGAAACAGCGUCGUCUAAGAAACUAGCUUCGGUUCUCCGAACCUUCUUUAUAACCGUAGGUGUGGACACUGAGCUCUGUUUCAUGCGCACCCUUGGUUACAUAAUAGCAAAAUGGUGCAUUUUAAGAGAGUUGGGUGUAGGAUUACAAACACUCGUGCCUUUGCCGUGGUGUUCGAAUCCGAAAUUCUCUUACGCGGCGGAGUCUCACGGUCUUUGGAUUCUAAAAGGGUACGCACCAAUUAUGACUAUGAAAUUGGCGGGAAGCAAUGGUAAUAAAAGUCAAUUCCACGGUAUAGAUGCUAAGGAGUCAGUAAUCAGGUACGGUCUAGCGCAUCAUCAAUUGGAGGCACACGUGCAGCUAGAAUAUACCGUUGGAUUUUACGAUGGAUUUAUUCAGGUUCAUGCACGUGUUGACAAUAUAAGACUCCACGUGGCGAGGCUCGGUUUUAAACAUGGUGAUGAAGUGGAUUUCGUUGAGGAGAAACAUUUUCCUUCUAGGGCUCGGGUUUGGGUUGGCCCGGAAAUCGGAGCGACUUACGUUGGUGGUUUGAGUUUGGGACGGUCCACGGAGAAUAGUGAGAGAGAAGUUGAAAUUGAGAAGAUUGUGAGGGGUAAUUUCGAGAAGUCGCAGAUUUCGAAGGUGAAAGCGUCUGCAAAGUCGUCGAGGAGAAUGAGGAAUAGAAAUUGGAGAAUGGAUCAAGACGCGGAGGGGAAUGCAGCGAUAUUUGACGCUGUUUUGCAUGAUAAUAUGACGGGGCAGGAAGUGGGCUCCUGGAAGCCCAGUAGCAAAACGGGGGAUGAUUGGGGUAAUGGAUUGAGAGGGCGAUAUGUUGGGGCGAAUAGACCUUUUACUAAGAGCGGAUCAGUGGUAAUUGCAGGGGAUGAAUAUGGAGAAGAAAUAGGGUGGAGGCUUAGUAAGGAUAUGGAAGGAAGUGUGUUGAAGUGGAGGAUAGGGGGAGAAUUUUGUGUUACUUAUUUGUCUGACCAAUCAAAAGGUUCUCAUUUUGAAACUAGAUCUAUUGAGUGGUGUGAUGAAGUUGACUUGCCUCUAAUUCGUGGAAAAAUAUCCUAAAUGUUAAUAACUAUACCUCCCUCCUAAUAAAUAAAUCUUUAAGGUUCUCAUUUAGGUAUGUAAACAACCAUCACCACAUUAGUGAAAUAAAUGCUUUGUUUAUGAUGUAUAAUAUAGUACAUAUUUGAUCUA